UCCCGGAUCCGGGGAUCACACACUGAGCCGAAGGCAGACGCCCAACUGCUGAGCCACCCAGGCAUCCCUAGUUAAGUGUUUUAAAUACCAUAAGAGUGUCCUGAAUUUAGUUUAUCCAAAGGGUAGAUGUAUUGCUUCAGUCAAGGUGUGCUAAAAGCCUGCUGUCUAAUAUUCUUUCAUUUGAUGAAGAACAGUAGACUAGCCUCAGAGAAAUUGAGACCGUUACUCUUCAAACUUAAAGUGACAGGUUUCACUCUUUUAAAACAUUGCUGGUAUUCAACUAAAAUUCAAUGAACAUUCAUCUGGUAUUUCCUAAAGAAAAGUUCAGAAAAGCUUUUUUGUCCCAGUUGUAUUUGCUUUAUUUUAAAACUCUUAUUUAAAAUUUGUAUGAAUAUAGUGUCCUAAACUCUAAAAAUCAGUUUAGUACAUUUUCUUGCCUUACCAUAGUGAAAGUUAGCAAACGUAGACUAGGAGAUGUUUGUUCUCUGUAUUAGGAUUGGGCAGUAAACAAGAGUUAGAACAGUUUUUGUUUUGGCCACUUUUUGCAUGGCCUCAGCAUGCUUUCUUACCAGUCAGUGAGGGGUACAAGUGUGGCUUUACAUUUCUCUAGGACCUCCCAGACUGAAGUCUCUCUUUGGUGAUCAUGAGAGUACUUAGAGUUUUUAUUUUUUAACUUUUUAAAAAGAAUUUAUUAGGCGUAGAGAGCAUGCAUGAGCAAGGGGAGGGACAAAGGGAAAGAAUCUGAAGUAGACUUCCCACCAAGUAUGGAACCCAUCGCAGCGCUCGAUCCCACAACCCCAAGAUCAUGACCUGAGGUGAAACCAAUAGCUGGACACCCAACUGACUGAGCCACUCAGGUACCCAUUAGUUAGAGUUUUUAAAGGAGGUUAUAACCUUUGAAGGAGCUAUUUAUAGCCUGGAAAAAAUAUUUUAUUUCGGUGUUAAAAUAAAGCCUUGAUAAUCUUACUUAAUUCUCAAUUAGGUAUUCAGGUAGGAAGGAAACAUUUUCAACCAUACAGUUUGUGCUAAGGAAAAAUAAAUGAAGUACCAUCUAAAGUGGUGGUUAGCCCGACAAAAACCAUAAAUGUUGGAAUUGCUGUAGAUAUUUCAAAUCCCAAUAACAUUAAUGAAAUUACUGCAUUUAUAUUGGGUGGUAACAACCUUGCUGCAUAUUUUUCCAAUCACUUGAGAAACUUCUGUGUUUGGUUGCUGGAAUGUUGCCAUGGUCACAUUCUUUGGGCAUAGAGUAGUGAACUGUGGAAUCAGUGGCAACCCAGGACAUGCAGGGUGGAACUAGGGUGUUAGAAUUCUGCAGUGUGUUGAAGCCUCACUUAGCAUGGACCAGAAGACUAUGAAGAAACUGGUGGAAUCCAUCAGUAAUACUGUCAAGAACUUCAAAAAAAGUGAAGUAGAGUGUCUCAUAAGACUUUUUCACAGCUUGGUGGAAAGAGCUAAUGUAAGACUUAAUAACUUCGGACUAGAUCGUAAUGCAUUUCGAGCGAUCCUGCACAGCGUAUUUGGAAUGACUGAUGAUAUGCUUAUGAAUAGGGUAUUUUUUGCAUUUGACAAAGACAAUGAUAACUGCAUAAAUGCCAAAGAGUGGGUUAAAGGAUUAUCGGUGUUUCUUCGAGGGACUUUUGAAGAAAAGCUUAAGUUCUGUUUUGAAGUUUACUAUUUGAACGGUGAUGGUUACAUUUCUCAAGAAGAGAUAUUUGACAUGUUGAAGAACAGUCUGCACCAACAGUCAUCUGAGGAAGAGACUGAUGAAGGAAUAAGAGAGUUGGUAGAUAUAACACUGAAGAAAAUGGAUUAUGACAAUGAUGGCAAGAUAUCUUUUGCAGACUUUGAGAAAGCAGUAAAAGAAGAUAAACUUUUGUUGGAAGUGUUUGGACCAUGUUUACCAGAAGCAAAGAAUCAAGCUAUAGAAGUAGCCUGGGGUCACCAACCUGCAUUCCUGAGCUGGGUGGAAGGCAGGCAUUUUAGUGAUCAAGGCGAAAAUGUGGCUGAAAUUAAUAGACACGUUGGUCAGAAACUUGGACUCUCAAAUGGGGACCAGGUGUUUCUUAAGCUGUGCUCCCAUGUGGUAUCCUGUCAACAGGUUGAGGUGGAACCCCUCUCAGCAGAUGACUGGGAGAUACUGGAGCUGCAUGCCGCUUCCCUUGAACAGCAUCUUCUGGAUCAAAUUCGAAUAGUUUUUCCAAAAGCCAUUUUUCCUGUUUGGGUUGAUCAACAAACUUACAUAUUUAUCCAAAUUGUUGCACUAAUGCCAACUGCUGCCUAUGGAAGGCUGGAAACUGACACUAAACUCCUUAUUCUGCCAAAGACCCGCCAAGCCAAGGAGAAUACAUUUUCCAAAGCAGAUGAUGCACAUGGGAAAUUUAAUAAUUUUGGAGAAGACCAAAAAGGAUUGACAGUUACUGGGUCUAAUGAGACAGAUUCAGAGGUUACAGCUGACUCACCAUCCAUGCCAAGCUUAUGGACUCUGAUAGGAAGCAUUUUUUCUUUUGGGUCUGAGAAGAAACUGGAGAUGUCCUGGGGUUUAACUGAAAUGAAUGCAUUCAAAAACAUGCAGUCCAAAGUUGUUCCUCUAGACAAUAUUUUCAGAGUGUGCAAAUCGCAGCCUCCCAGUGUGCAUAAUGUAACGGCGACUUCAGAGUUUCACAAACACUAUGCUGUUCACAUAUUUCCAUGGGACCAGGAAUAUUUUGAUGUGGUGCCCAGCUUUACUGUGACCUAUGGAAAGCUAAUUAAGCUACUUUCUCCAAAGCAACAGCAAAGUAAAACAAAGCAAAAUGUCCUGUCACCUGAAAAAGAGAAGUCAAUGCCAGAACCACUAGAUCAAGAACCAGGCACCUCAGGCUACAGUCAAGAAGCUAAGGCCUGUGUGCUACAAGUCAUCUGGAAUGGACUUGAGGAAUUGAAGAAUGCCAUAAAAUACACCAAAACUGUAGAAGCUCUUCAUCUUGGGAAAGUCUGGAUUCCAGAUGACCUGAGAAAGAGACUAAAUAUAGAAAUGCAUGCAGUAGUCAGAAUAACUCCAGUGGAAAUUACCCCUAAAAUUCCAAGAUCUCUAAAGUUACAACCUAGAGAAAACUUACCUAAAGAUGUAAGUGAAGAAGAAGUAAAAACUGCGUUCUCUUCAUGGCUACAGCAGUGUACUACUACCACACUUCCUUUGAUAAUAUCAGAGGAAGAACAUAUUAAGCUGAGAAUGAAAGAUGGGUUAAAGGAGUUUUCUCUAAAUGUAGUUCAUUCUUGGGAAAAAGACAAAGAAAACAUUUUUUUGUUGAGUACCAAUCUGCUGCGGAAGACCACAAUACAAGUCCUUCUAGAUCCUAUGGUAAAAGAAGAAAACAGUGAGGAAAUUGACUUUAUUCUUCCUUUUUUAAAGCUGAACUGCUUGGGAGGAGUGAAUUCCUUAGGUGUAUCCUCCCUGGAACACAUCACCCAUAGCCUCCUGGGACGCCCUUUGUCUCGACAGCUGAUGUCCCUAGUGGCAGGACUUAGAAAUGGAGCCCUUUUAUUCACAGGAGGAAAGGGCAGUGGAAAAUCAACUUUAGCCAAGGCAAUCUGUAAAGAAGCAUCUGACACAUUGGAUGCCCAUGUGGAGGUGGUUGGCUGUAAAGCUUUACGAGGAAAAAGGCUUGAAAACAUACAGAAAACUGUGGAGCUGGCUUUCUCCGAGGCAACAUGGAGGCAGCCUUCUGUGAUUCUGCUGGAUGACCUCGACCUCAUUGUGGGUGUGCCUGCUGCUCCAGAGCAUGAGCAUGGCCCUGAGGCUGUGCAAAGCCAGCGGCUUGCACAUGCUUUGAGUGAUAUGAUGAAAGAGUUUAUUUCCAUGGGAAGUUUGGUUGCAGUGAUUGCCACAAGCCAGUCUCAACAUUCUCUGCAUCCUUGGCUUGUCUCCGCUCAAGGAAUUCACAUAUUUCAGUGUGUCCAACAUAUUCAACCGCCUAAUCAGGAGCAAAGAUGUGAAAUUCUGCAUAAUGUAAUAAAAAAUAAACUGGACUGUGAUAUAAAUAGGUUCACUAACCUUGACCUCAAACGUAUAGCUAAAGAAACUGAAGGGUUUGUGGCUAGAGAUUUUACAGUGCUCGUGGAUCGAGCCAUUCAUUCUCAUCUCUCUCAUCAGAGGAUAACCACCAGGGAAGAAUUAGUUUUAACAACGUUGGACUUCCAAAAGGCUCUCCAAGGAUUUAUUCCUGCCUCUCUGCGAAAUGUCAACUUGCAUAAACCAAGGGACCUGGGCUGGGAUAAGAUUGGUGGAUUACAUGAAGUUCGGCAGAUACUCUGGGAUACUAUCCAGUUACCAGCCAAGUACCCAGAACUGUUUGCAAACUUGCCCAUACGACAGAGAAUGGGGGUACUGUUGUAUGGUCCUCCUGGAACAGGGAAGACCUUACUAGCUGGAGUAAUUGCCCGAGAGAGUGGAAUGAAUUUCAUUAGUGUCAAGGGGCCAGAGUUACUCAGCAAAUACAUUGGAGCAAGUGAACAAGCGGUUCGGGAUAUUUUUAUUAGAGCUCAGGCGGCCAAGCCCUGCAUUCUUUUCUUUGAUGAAUUUGAAUCUAUUGCUCCUCGAAGAGGCCACGAUAAUACAGGAGUUACAGAUCGUGUGGUUAACCAGUUGCUGACUCAGUUGGAUGGGGUGGAAGGCUUACAGGGUGUUUAUGUGUUGGCUGCUACUAGUCGCCCUGACUUGAUCGACCCCGCCCUGCUUAGGCCUGGCCGACUCGAUAAAUGUGUAUACUGUCCUCCUCCUGAUCAGGUGUCCCGUCUUGAAAUUUUAAACGUUCUCAGUGACUCUCUACCUCUGGCAGAUGAUGUGGACCUCCAGCAUGUGGCGUCAGUAACCAACUCCUUCACGGGAGCUGAUCUGAAAGCUUUACUUUACAACGCCCAGUUAGAGGCCGUACAUGGGCGGCUGCUGUCCUGUGGGCUGCAAGAUGGAAGUUCUAGCUCUGAUAGUGACCUGAGUCUGUCUUCAAUGGUUUUCCUUAACCACAGCAGUGGCUCUGACGAUUCAGCGGGAGAUGGGGAAUGUGGCUUGGAGCAGUCCCUUGUUUCUCUAGAGAUGUCCGAGAUGCUUCCAGAUGAAUCGAAAUUCAAUAUGUACCGGCUCUACUUUGGAAGCUCUUAUGAAUCAGAACUUGGAAACGGAACCUCUUCUGACUUGAGCCCACAGUGCCUGUCUGCACCAAGCUCCACAGCGCAGGACUUUUCCGGAGUUGCUGGGAAAGAGCAGUCAUCUUCCCGGCCUCCAGUGUUGAGAACAGCUUCCCAGGAGGGUUACCAAGAACUGACCCAGGAACAGAGAGAGCAGCUGCGGGCCGACGUCAGUGUCAUCAAAGGCCGAUACCAGAGCCAGAGCGGAGAGGAGGACUCCCUUCACCAGCCAGGCCCAGUCAAAGCCAGUCUGGCUAUUAGCCAGUCUCAUUUAAUGGCUGCUCUGAGUCACACAAGGCCAUCCAUUAGCGAAGAUGACUGGAAGAAUUUUGCUGAACUGUAUGAAAACUUUCAAAAUCCAAAGAAGAGAAAAAAUCAAAGUGGAACAAUGUUUCGACCUGGACAGAAAGUAACUCUAGCAUAAAAUAGGCUUGUGAUUUUGUUUUUUUCUGGCUUGUUCCCAUGAUAUAACAGUAAAAAUGGUGUCUAUAAAUUUAUAGAUUAACUUAAUUUGUUAAAAAGAAAAUCACAGAUUGGUAAACCUCUGGUUAUGUAAUAAUCAGGAUUACUUGAAAUUCAUAUGGUAGAAUUGGGAUAUUUAUAACAGAUUCUGUAUCUUAUUUCCUAUAAAUCUAAAUUAAAUCCUUAGUGAAAUAAUAUUGACCAAA